GGUGGUGAAGGAGGACGAAGGUGAGAGUUUCUUUCGAAGAAGCACAGGACGUUGUCGAUGUUCGAGACGAUUUCACGUGUGCACAACGUUAAACACUCUCUCUCUCUCUCUUUCUCACUCUCUUUCUCUCUUGCUCUCUCUCUCUUUCUCUCUCUCCUUCUUUCUUUCUCUCUCUCUCUUUGUUUGUUUCUUUUUUUCCUUUUUCUCUUUCUCUUUUCGUUUCGAUCGAUCCCCGAACGUCAACGUCAAAACCUCAACACACAACGAACAAGAAACAGGAACGUGAUUUAGUGUUAGUGUGAAAAAGAAAAAGAAAGAAAGAAAGAGAGAGAGAAAGAGAGAGAGAGAGAGAGAGAGAGAGAGAGAGUGUGUGUGUGAGAUUAUCCUUGAGAAGGAUGACUGGCACAACUGAUCCUUUGCUCGAUUUACCCAAGGAAACACCAAAAAGUGAAACAUCACAACAUACGAUCAUAGAAAAGUCCAAUUUUUCCCAAAGAACACGUUGGAGACAAUGGCUAGCUUCUAUCUCAGCAACCCUAUCGAUGGUAGCAGUUGGAACGGUUUAUGGUUGGACCACAACGAGUCUAUCAAAAUUAAUGUCAAAGGAUAGCGAUGCACCGAUGAGAAUAACCGAAGACGAAUCAUCGUGGAUAGUUUCGUUGACAGUUAUCGGUUCAAUGAUUGGUCCAUUUUUGGGUGCAUACUUGGCCGACAGAUAUGGCAGAAAAAGAUGUUUAUUAUUGUCAAGCGGUUUUUACAUAGCCGGUUGGACUAUAGUAUUUUUUGCAACAUCGGUAUCAGCAUUAUACGUGGCAAGAGUUAUAUUGGGAAUUGGUGUUGGUGUAUCGUACACGACCAAUCCGAUGUACGUGUCAGAAGUGGCAGAUGUUAAUAUCAGAGGAGCAUUGGGUACAUUGAUAGCAGUCAACGUUUUCACCGGAUCAUUGUUAACAUGUAGCAUAGGACCAUGGAUCUCAUAUCGUUCAUUGGUAAUCGUUUUAUUGACCAUACCAAUUCUAUUCAUCGUCACGUUCAUCUGGUUCCCGGAGAGUCCACAUUUCUUAGCGGCACGUGGUCGCAAAACCGAAGCCUCAAGAUCAUUGGCAUUCUUCAAAGGUAUACGAGAUCAGGAUGAAGCUAGAAGAGAAUUGGAAUUAGCAUUGCAAGCUGGUUCCAACGAGGACUCCAAGGAUAACAACAAACUGGCAUUAGAUAAUAACGAAGUUAUCGGUGCACCAACUACUUCUUCAUCUAUUUCUAAUUCCUCCUCAAUCAGUGUUAACAACAACAAUAACAACAACAACAACAGAAUUAACGAAGAACAUGGUCUGAAGAUUGUCAUGAAUAAACUCAAAUUAAUGUUAUUACCAACCAAUAGUCGUGCACUUUGCAUAAUACUCGGUUUAAUAGCUGCACAACAAUUAAGUGGUAAUUUCAGUACGAUACAAUAUUUAGAAGUAUUGUUCAAACGUUCAUCUGUAGGCAUUGAUUCUAACAUUGCUACGAUACUCGUAUUAGCCGUUGGUUUAGUGUCAGGUGCUUGUUCUACUGCAACUGUUGAAGGUGCAGGAAGAAGACCAUUACUUAUAUUCUCGACGAUAGGAUCGUCCAUUACAUUGGCCAUUCUUGCCAUUUAUUUGAUGUUGGAUGCUAGAAAAGUUGACGUAUCUUCCGCCAAUUUUCUUCCAGUCGCUGUUGUUAUAUUAUUUCAAGUUGCAUUUCAAAUAGGAUUGGGUACGUUACCCAACGCACUGAUCGGUGAACUUUUUCCAACCGAAGUUAAAGGUGUAGCCGGUGCAAUUGUUACGGUGUUCGACGGUGUACUUGGUUUUGCCGUAUCGAAAUUGUAUCAAGUGAUAGGUGACAUAUUAGGUGCUUAUGCAGUUUAUUAUUUCUUUUCUGCAUCCUGUUUAUUGGCAUUCUUAAUGGUAACUUUUCUAUUACCGGAAACCAAAGGUAGAACGUUCCGUGAGAUUCAACGAUUAUUGGCUGGUAAUUAUAAUAAUAAUCAAAAUAAUAAUAAUAAUAUUAUUACUUCGAGAAAAUUAUCGUCGUCUCGUCGAUUGGACCAAUUGGAAGAUGCAAUUAAUGCGUGACGGAAGGAUUUGCACCGUGGCCAUAUUUUGACUCGGUGCUUUAAACAAAUAUUUUUUUUAAUUAUUAUUGACGAUGAUAGACAAUCGAUCAAUUUGUUUUUUCAUCAUAGUUAUUUAAAGAAUCCAUCGUAUUGUUCGUUUGUUAAUAAAAAUAUCUUUUCCAAAAACUA